CUGCUGUUUUUGAAAUGGAAGGAGCGUCUGGAAGAAUCCAGCUGCCAUGGCACAUGGCAAUGUUCUCAGUGGUUCUGGCGGAGCGAGCCAAUGGCGGAUCCGGCGGCCAGCGCAUGGAUGGCUGCUUUUGCUUUUGCACAGUCGCAGAAAUGUUCCCAUGCACACAGGCAGUCCAAAACGGCGACGUGCAACAGUACCGCCAAAUGCAGCUCAUGGGAACCAGGGCGGAAAGGAGAUCCAGGAGUGUACGUACAAUUUAUUCGGAAGAUAAGGGCGACCCGCCUGGGCCAUCACUGGCUAGAUUAUGCAGAAGCAGCAAUCCCCGUCGUCACAGCACAUCUCCUCGAGGCAGCAGCCGAGGCCGAGCCCCGCGAGGCAGGGCAUGCAUGAGCCGCCGCCGCCGCGAAGGGCGGGCCGCUGCUGGUAGUGCGGCUGCUGGACGUAGACAACCUGUGGCUGCUGAGGGCCGUAGUACCCGCCCGUGUUGUAUGCUAUGCGUGUCGCUUACAAAAAGUCCCCGAUGAUGGUUAGGAGCUGCCAGGAGAAACCACUUGGUGCUGGUGGGAUGUUGGGUA